AUGUUAAAAAUUUCUUUUCAUAUUGAUGAUUUUAAUCCUCAUAGACCAAAAAAAGAAUUUUACCGUAAUAGUAGAUCAUAUUAUAAUGGUAAAAGUAGAAGUUGGAAGAAAACUAGAGCUACCGAAAAGAGACAUGAUCUUGAUUCCUAUGAAUACAAUCUUGGUUUGAUUAAUUGUUAA